AUGAAUUACGAAAAUCGUGAUAAUAGACCACUGCCAAUAAAGCUCGAGGAGGAUUUAGAAUACCCGGACGAUGACGAGCAUUACUACGGGUACGCGCCGGUGGAAGUUGAGAGGCACCCCGAGCCGGCGGGAUUCGCGCCUUCCUCGCCCACACUCCUGAUGGACCUCAGCAACGGGUCUGAGCGACCCACACAACAACAUCCUUGGCCCCCGAGUGUCGUGUUUGAUGGAGAGGACCGCGACUACCAACAACCAUCUUACACAUCCUUCGAGCAACAAUUCAUUGAUCAACGACAACGACAAGUCCCAAGAAGCUACUACUUUGAUGAUUCCAAUUCUCAAGACAGAGUACGAAGUUACUACGAGCCGGGUGAUGGGCCUAAGAUGGGAGAAGUUUACAGAGGCACUGACGACAGGAGAGAGGAGACAGAAGAACAAAGAAGGUCGAGGAAGAGAUCCAAAGCUUCGCGGAAGAAGACGCAAUCGUUUGAAGAGAUGCAGAUACAGCGAGUGAUGGCUAACGUGAGGGAGCGGCAGCGCACUCAGAGCUUGAACGAGGCGUUCGCAAGCCUGCGGCAGAUCAUCCCUUCGCUGCCGAGUGAUAAAUUGUCUAAGAUACAAACUCUGCAGCUGGCGACGCAGUACAUAGAAUUCCUGUAUCAAAUAUUGUCAAACAGUGAGUGCGCGGGUAGCAGCGACAGUAACAGCGACGCGGGCAGUGAGCACGGCAAGUACCUCGCACAGGACAAACUGAGUUACGCCUUCUCCGUGUGGAGGAUGGAGGGAGAGUGGACUCACGGACAGACGUGA